AUGUCGUCUUGUACCACUAGACCUUCCUCGCUAGCCUGCAUCGAGUGCAGAAAGCGACAUCUAAAGUGCAGUGCCAGCGUGCCCGUUUGCUCGCGUUGUUCCCUUCGCGGCCUGCAAUGCGUCUACAAGCCAUCGCGACGCGGCCAGAGAGGCCCACCGUCCAACCAUGUUGAUCUGUUGUCGCCCGUGUCCGGAUCCCGGAUCGUUCAGAGCACUAGUGCCACGUCUAACAACGGCCUCCCGUUUUCCUCGGCUGACGUCCCUGCUCCAGCUACUUUUCCUCUGAAUGGCGAAGAUCCCGUUGCCCUUGCGGCCCAGGAGGCGAGCUCUCUUCCUGCCGGCAGCGAGCAUCUCGUCAACUUGUACUACAACAACUUCCACCCCGCUCAUCCUAUCCUUGUCCCCCGCGAUCUCUACCAAGCCCGAAGCUACCCGAGUUAUCUGGCAAGCGUUGUCACAUUCAUCGGCAGCCAUUUUUCAUCGUCAUGCUCGAGCGAUUCUCUGAGGGCCAUAGCCAUAAACGCCCUGUCCGACUUCAACAUGAAGACGGCAACCAUGGUACAAGCCAGGUUGCUUUGUGCCAUUGCCUUACACGCCGAGAACGAACGAGAACUUUCCAAUUCACUUCUUGGAGCUGCAGUUGACCUGGCCAUAGAAAUUGGCAUGCACCAAAAAGCUUUCGCCAUCCUGUACGGGGAAGCACGGCCGAUCGAGGAGGAGAGUCUCCGAAGAACCUGGUGGGAGCUCUACGUGGUUGAUGGCUACUUGGCCGCUCUGGACAAGAAGUCUGAGUUCAAAACCAAUGCUGUCAACGCCGACGUCCUUUUGCCAUGCGAGGAGUUCGUUUACGCUGACGGAGCAUGCUUGCCUUCUCCGCUUUCCCUGGCGGAUUUUGACCAAAGAAUAUUUGGACACGACGAGUUGCAAUUCUCAUCCUUCUGUUACCGCAUCGAAGCUACCCGGAUACUCAGUCGGGUGCUCGCACUUGAUGGGAUGCGUGAGGUGCAUCAGGACCAACUUCAAGCCGUCGACAAUGCCUUGGCUGGUUGGUCGCUUCAUCUCCCUCCCACCAAAGCAGACAUCAUGAAUGAAUACGGCGAACUGGAUGAGAUGUUGUUCCAGGCAUACAUGAUAAUCCAGUUCGCGACCAUCUUCUUGCAUUCCCCGAGGAGUGGUCUAAUGUCGGCGCUGCCAACCUGCCCAGACAUUCCCUGCAUCUACAGCAAAAAGCAGGCGCCUCCAGCGCAGACCCAACACAUGCAUGCUGUUAAGGCGACAGAAGCUUCGAAGCAAGUCUCAAACCUCGCCGCGUUGCGAUGGCCGGUACAAAAGCACACCCCUUUCUUUAUCUGCGGAGUCGUCAUCGGUGCCAUCAUUCAGCUAUCCACUUGCUCUAAACACUCCGGUCUCUGCUUAGAGCAACACCGUGAUCACGUCAGCUUGAUCAUCGGAGUUUUGAAAUCGUUUAGCCAAAAUUGGACGAUUGCACACGUAGCCGUUACCCAGAUCAAAAAGGUCGGCGCUGAGAUACUACGCCCAAAACCUUUCUUAUCGCAGCGCGACUCGGCUCUGGACACCUUGGAAAUCUCGCCCGGCAAUGACCCUUGGUUCGACCUACUCAAUAUGCCAACCCUACAAGGCCUGGCCGAAUAUGAAGCAGAAACGAAUCAGCUGGUGUAAGGCGUAGGGUCCCGAUAACAGCUAAGAUACCCUGUAUUAGCUUGGAAAAUAUUUUUUUCUGGAUUCAACAAUCUUUCCAAUAGCCUUUUAUUACUACAUCAAGAGAUCCUUUUCCAUUUCGUCUAGAGAUUAUUGUCCGAAC